GACGGCGGGGAUGGAGGCGAGCGCGGCGACGGCAGCGGCGGGAAACGGCUCGGAGUCGGCGGGCGUCGAGGUCGGGGCCGAGGCCGAGGCCGAGGCGGGCAACCCCUUCGUGCAGCCGGGCUGGCAGGUGGCGCUGUGGGCGUCGGCCUACGCGCUGGUGGUGCUGGUGUCGGUAGUGGGCAACCUGGUGGUGAUAUGGGUGGUGCUGGCCCACCGGCGGAUGCGCACCGUCACCAACUACUUGCUGGUCAACCUGGCCUUCGCCGAGGCCGCCAUGGCCGCCUUCAACACGCUGGUCAACUUCACCUACGCCGUGCACAACGUCUGGUACUACGGGCGGGCCUACUGCCGCUUCCAGAACUUCUUCCCGGUGGCCGCCGUCUUCGCCAGCAUCUACUCCAUGACGGCCAUCGCCGCCGACAGAUACAUGGCCAUUAUCCAUCCUCUGCAACCAAGGCUAUCAGCUGCAGCCACCAAGGUUGUCAUCUGUGUUAUAUGGCUUUUGGCUUCACUACUCUCAUUCCCUCAAGGAUACUAUUCCACUACUGCAGAGCUGCCUGAGCGAGUGAUAUGCUUUGUCGAUUGGCCACAAAAUCAGACCCAGGUCUCUGCAAUAACGUAUCAGGUCUGCAUGACUAUUCUAGCCUACAUCUUGCCACUCAUAGUAAUAGGCUAUGCCUAUAUUAUGGUGGGCAUUACCCUAUGGGCUAGUGCGAUACCAGGGGACUCUUCGGACCGUUACCAUGAACAAGUGUCUGCCAAGCGCAAGGUUGUCAAGAUGAUGAUCGUGGUCGUUUGCACCUUCGCCAUUUGCUGGCUGCCUUACCACAUCUACUUCCUCCUACAACUUUUCAACGGUGAAAUGUUCUCAGAAAAGUACAUCCAGCAGGUCUACUUGGCGAUCAUGUGGCUGGCCAUGAGCUCCACUAUGUACAACCCGAUUAUUUAUUGUUGUCUCAAUGACAGGUUCCGGGUGGGCUUCAAGCGGGCUUUCCAGUGGUGCCCAUUUAUCAAUGCCAGUGAAUACGAAGGACUGGAAAUGAAGUCAGCAAGGUACCUGCAGGUCCAGAACAGCAUCUACAAGACCAGCCGGAUGGAGACAACGGUCUCUUCAGUCAUUGGCAACCCGGAGGAAGGACUGGAUGAUGGAAGCAAACCUAGGCGGUCCUCCGUCAACCUGACCUCCAAUGGCUCUUCCCGCAGUGACACGAAAACCAUCUCGGAGAGCCUGAGCUUCUAUUCCAAUACACUUCCCUGAGCAAACUCAUGACUUAGCCACACUGUGACACCAUUUCCAUCCCUCUAAUGAACAAACCCCCCCAACAAACGGGCCCUUCCUGUGGCUGCCCAAUGGGCUUUCCUUCUCCUUCCAAGUGGUUCCAUCCGAUGUUGCUCUUCUCCACAGAUCCUGUGCCUUCCUUCCGCCCGGUUUUUCCUCCUCCUUCUCUCCAGGAUCUCUAGGCAGAGGUCAUCUGGUCAUCUCCUUUCUAACAAGCUGCCAUUGUGGAAGCAGCUAAUAUGAAUGAAACGUGUUUGAGGGGUUUUGGAGAGGCGUAAAUGAAAUGUGUACGAAGUUGUGUACAAGGAACAUUCUUUCUUGGAACUCAGUUCAAAAUCCAUUUCUACAAUAGAACAUAUUUUUAAUAGUAUUUUGUUCCAUUAGUGCACUUUCAGUUACUUUCCUUGAGUAACUGGUAUACUUCCAGGAUCACUUUUCUUCCAUCCAUUCAUCACUGUUUUUUACCAGGGUUGGAGAGAAGCCCUUGACCACUUCUAGUGAGGUGGAUUAAUUCUCUUUCAGGAUCUCUGCCUUUACCAUAAGAUAUAGUCCAAGGCUACGUUCAACAUUUUCUUAGUGCUUAGCCCCCUCAAUGAAAAUGUUAGAAUCAUUCAAUGUAGAAAACCACAGGAAGAAAGGUUCGACUCUAUGUUUUCUAUUAGCAAGAACUUUUUCUUCUUUCAUAGGAAAAGUGCAACCCAGGCAUAGCAGCCCUACAGCCAUCCACCCAAAGCAUCUGGAAAGUUCCAGAAUUUCCAACAGGGUUGUGGGAAUUGGCCAUGAUGUGUUUGAAUCUUCCUUGAAGUUUGUGGAUUCCAUGACUAGCAAAGCAGAGGGGAGGCGAAGGGAGGGCUGCCGCUGUCUACCUGCAAGAAUCAGGACUGAUGCCUUCUUGCAACAAACACAGAUUGAGCAGCUGGCAAAGGACCAAAAUGAAUGUGUAAUUGUAAUGCAGGGCCUGUUUUGGCUCCAAGCUUAUGUGACAGAGAUGAAUAGAUGCUGGCUCUAAUAAGAUGGAACCAAAUAGCUUUUUAGAAAAAUGAUGUGGUAAUAAAAAUGGGAUAAAAUAAUUUCACAGGAUAGAAUCAGUUGUGGGUGAAAAUAUUGCAGGCACAUUUCAGCAUGAGCCUUAUACUGUAUCACAAGGGGCCCAUCAGCUUCUCAGGCAACCAAUCUCUUCCAGUUACGGAGAAAUGUUGAGGCUACAGAAGAGACCCAUAGGUCUCUCACCACGGCCGGAGUGCUGCAUCAGCUCCUGCUGACAAAAGUGAUAAUAGCAGAAUAUUGGCUCUGUUACAUAGAAGAGGAUGGGAUGAAGACUUGCCCGAGCCAGUAUGAAAACUUUUCUAACGAGAUUACAAACGAGAGUCAGUGGUUCAGUUGCCUGCUAUCUAACUUUGAACAUAUGUGUGUCUGCAUCCACAAGAGUUUAUAACAAAACUCUUGUGUGGCAGAAUAUUUUUCAUUGUGUACUAUGUUAUGCAACAACACAAUAGCUAGGAGGUAUUUGCUGUUUGUCCUGAAAAACGGGACAACCCAGUUUUCCAUAGACACAAAGCUGAGCACAAUAGUUGUCCAAAAACUAUGGUAUUUCCGCAAAUGGCAAAAGAUCAACAUCACGGAACAUCACUUUGCCUGUUACCUCUGCAACAAGGUCCUCUUGCAAAUAUGCGGUAAAGAAAAAAGCCCAAACCAUAAUACAGGCCAGAGACUUGCUGAUGUCCCUGGGCAGAGCUGGGCUGUGGAUCCAUUUCCUGUGUCCCAGCAAUUUUUGAGAGUGUUGUUUACAUGGUUCUUCCAGAUUGGCUGCAGGUCUUGGAAGAAGAUGCCACCAUGUUGCAUUGGUUAUUCUACUGUCUCCUUGAGUGAUUUCAAUUGGUGUUCAGUGGUGAGACAUUUGUGAGGUGCCUCAGAGCUUGAAGCUUUUCAUCCUUAUAGGUGAAUCUGUUGGAUGAGAUUAUUCAUGAGGGGGUCUGGUAUCAUCAGGAUGAUUAUGAUACCCAACUAUACAUCUCAACUGUGGGCUAUUCAAGUUGAAGCCUCCGGAUAAAUCCCAACAUCUCAAAGCUGCAUAGGUCUUGAUGGUGAAGAGAAGUUCAGGCUCAAUCCUGACAAGACUGAGUGAUUAUGAAUUUUUGGGCUUUUGAAUUGUAGUAUUGAAAAAGGCUGUACUUCCCCAUUUCAGACUGAUGCACAACUUGGUGCCUUCUCCAGUGCACUCUGCAUGGGACUUUCCUUGAAGAUCAGCCACUGGUCCAGAAGAUGGUGGUGUGGGGAGUGAUGUGCAUGGAACACCACUGUUCUGUGAGCUGUGCUGAUUGCUGGUGGGAUUCCGGGCUCAGUUUAAGAUGCUGGUUACAAGCCAUUCAUGGCAUAAGGCCUGGUUAUUUAUAACAAGCUAUCUUUUAUAAUUUCUGUCCACUCAGUAAAUUUGGCAGAGAGUACAUUCAAGGUCCCUUUAGUUAAACAAUGUCAUUUGUUGGGGCCCUGAAAUGUGUCUUUGCUAUCAGAGCACCUGCCUUCUGGAAUAAUAUCCCCCUACAGAUUGAUAAGGCUCCCAUCCUAUUAAUGCUCCAAAAACCUUUCAGAACCUGGCUGUUCCCCCAGGACGGGGUGGCUGCUGACGCCCUCCUUGUAAGCUGUUGUUUUUCUGUUUCACUUGGUUUCUGUUCUCUUCUGGGCAUCUGUGAUCUGUUUCUCCAUUUCUACUGUGCUUGCUUCUAAAGGGUAGACUGCCCAGAGUCAUUUGAAGUUGGUGGACUCAUUAAUAAACAAACAAACAAAGCAAGCUGUCAAGCAAGCAAUUGACAGCCAUCACUCAAUGACCAGUCACAGGAUAUUUGGACUGCUGAUAUUUGGACAGAAUAUAAGAAGUUCCCUAUUGGGUCAAAGCCAACCGCUUCUCAGCAGUUCCUCCGAAGGAGGGAAGGUAGCGUCUCCUGUUCUUCCCCACGGCUGUUGUUCUGCCAGUCCCCACCAACCCCAAAGAAUUGGUCCACAGGGGCACGGGCACCAUGUGAAGUCCCCACCCUUCAGCAGAAUGGACCAUGCUUGUAUGAAUGGGCCGGCAGCAAAUCAGACCUGAUCAUCAUGCCGCUUUGUAUACUGCUGUGAAACAAUUUAGGCAGGGAGGAAUGAAGCAAUGCAAUUGUGUCUCUGAACCAGAGACAACGUGCUGUUUGCUGUAUAUGUAAUUUCUUUCUUGUGUACAUUGUGCAGGUCUGAGGAGCACCUCAUAUGUACUACAUAUUUUUUAUUUAAACAUGCCGCAACAUAGUCAUGUUCAAAAUUGUAGCUUUUGCUGUGAAAUGAAAAAUCUAAUAAGAAAGGUUAUCUGUAUCCUGUCCUAGUUUUGGAUGCUACAAUUGUUUGUGAAAUGUUGACAGGCCAAAAUAAACCAGAGCAGUUCACCCACUCAAGUGCAUUAUAUUUUGUGAGUCAAAUCCUUAUAACUCAGGUUUUCUUGAGUUUUGGGUAUGGAAUAAUAACAACAGAAAUCUCUUUAAGAAGAAUUGCAAAGAGAUAUCUUGCCUUUAAAAGAUAGAGUAAUAUUGCAAUGGAGAUUUUAAUGGAAUGUUUGCCCAAGAAUACUGAAUAAAAUUUUGAUCCUAGAAAAACUGUUUACAAAGAAAUAAAAUCUAAAUUGCUUUCCAGCUAGAGAAAACAAGCAGACGAGUAUAAAAUGCAGAUAGCUCAGCAUGAAAGUGGCUUAUCCUUUGCCUAAGCCCCUAAGGGAAGUUCAAGCGCCUCUCUUUAAAAUACUAUAAUGAUAAAUAACUAUUCUAAGGGGGAAAAUCUUCACUUAUUUAUUUAUUUAUUUAUUAAUUAGAUUUCUAGACCGCCCUUCUCCCGAAGGACUCAGGGCGGUGUACAGCCUUAUUAAAACACAUAGGUACACAAUAAAUUUAAAAUACAUUUAAAAUGAAAUAUUUAACCGGCCAAUUUAAAACUAAAACGGUCAAACGACCGAUAUAAAACCCUAAACUAUAAAAUCACCAUUAAAAACCCAUAACUUAAAAAACUUCACAGGAUUGCCUUUCUACAUGGAGAUAAUCAGACAAGUCUCCC